GUUUAGCAUUCGCACACAUGCAAUGAAAUAUUCUGCAUUGUUUUUCGGGUGCAAACAGUUCAUUUCCAGCCUUCUAUGACUGUGAGCUAUUCUUAUCUCUCAACAUGAAAAAGUACAUUGAAACUUCCUGUUUUUGUCUAUAAUCAAUUUGGUUUGUGUGGGAAGCCGCAAUAAAAAAAGCACCUUUUUUCAUAUCCAUUUGCGCUUGAUGAUGCCGCACCUUUAGCGCACACACACACACACACACACACACACACACACACACACGUUUUCUGAUGCUGAUUCAGAAUGAGAAGAGGAACUGACAGCAUUUAGUAGUUUCCUGCCAAGUGUGCAGAAAGUCUGGGUCCGGUUCACACACACACACUCACUCACACACACACACACACACACACAAAACUGCAUCCGUACACCCCCGCGCACGCGCCUCUCGAUUACAUCUUUGUCAACUGACAAAAUCAUGACGAAGGCCAGCGGAAAGGAAAUCGAGUCAUUGUAGAAUCGAGUUUUCCAAUCUCCACAAAGAAGCGGUUUUCCAGCGUCCUCAAGGAUUCUUAUAUAAGGUGAUCGAGCACCUGUGUGGCAGUAUGAAGGAGAUCAAUAGCAGCAGCUUUACAGAAGACCAAACUGUACAUCUUAAACAUGAAGGCGUGUGUGUGUUUUCUGCUUAUGUGUGUGUUGGCAGCACAGGCUGAGGAGUCGCCGAAGAUCCUCACGCUCAGCAAAGUCAUGAAUGAACUCAAGAAGAUUCAGCAGGGGCUGACGAAUUCAAACAAGACUUGGUUCAACUCUCCAGCCACCAAUGAUUUGAAGGACUGCUGUGUUGCGUCUGCUCUGGAGUGUUUCAGGUCUAAAGUGCUGCACCUGUCAGUUUCUGAUGAAAAACUAAAGAAGUCACAGAGAAGUGUCCACCACGAGCUGCGCAAAUCAUUCAUCGUGGACAGUGUGUCCUGCACACCACAAGAGACACAGAAAGCUCAGUGCAAAUCAUGUGAAGCGUACACAAUGGUCAACAGCCGAACGUUUGUGGACAACUUCAAAACUCUUCUGCAAAAGAUCUAUGCCCGUCAAGCGUAGAGACCUGAAGAGUCUGUGAAGGACAGUAUGACACUACCCACCGCUCCUGCUAUUCUAUUUAUUGACUAUUUAUUGACAGUUUUGCUGUUUAUUUAACUUUGGAUGUGUAAAAUGAGUGUUCACGAUGACACUGGAGUGUGUUUGUGAGAAACUGGGCUGCUAAGCUUCUUUCCGUGGUCUGUUUUGCUGGUUUUUGCCGCCACCGUGUGGUGAAAUCUCAUCACUGCAAAGCCUAACCAUAAUAAUAAUGCAAGGGAAUUUUGAGUAGAUAUCUCCCUUUAUCAAGUAUGCAAGAGUUAUAUUCUUCGCCACUCAUUUCAGAUGUGUCAUAGCUGAUAUUUAAGAUGUAUCUUUACACGAAGCAGAUA